UUAAGAAUAAUUAAUUUGAACGAUGAUAACUUUGAUUUUGAUCGUCUCUUUCGUAGCAGCAGUUGAAAAUGCUCGGAGACACGGAUACAUCAUCGUGGACGGAGAACCCAUGGAAUGUCCUUUGGAAGAAGAAAGAUUCCUCGAACAAGAUACAGAUUACUGUGAUUUGAAAUGCAAGGAACGUGGAGCCAAAUCAGGAGUCUGCUGUUACGGAGGUUGCUUUUGUUACGAUAUUCCAGAUGACGAAAAAGUAGUGGACGUUACUCCAUUUCGGAACAGAUUAUGUAAAUAUCUCACAAAAUUUUGGGAUAAAUAAAUAUGGAAUGAUAUCAACACUCUGGUAAUACAAUAGUAAAGAAAUAAGUACAUUUAGCAGUUUACUUUGUAUAUUUAAUUUGUAAUUGUUAUCAUAAAAUUAUUAAUAAAAUUUCUCCGCAUUGUAAAAAUUA